AUGGUCAAGAGAAAAGCAAGCCAGAUCGCGGCGGUCCAGCCGGACACGGAUACGACUACGCUAAGGAGGUCGACGCGUCGAAAACCAUCAGAGCCAGCAACGCAGGCUAGUGACAGUGGUGUGGCAAAGCCAGAAAGCGAUGCACCCAAAGCAGCGAAGGCAGUGAAAGCAAAGGGGGCUGUUAAGAAGGAAGAUAUAAAAGUGUCUCCACCUAAGCCAAAGGCGAAACCAAAGACCAGUAAGGACACACAGCUGCCAAGUACGACAGCAGGUGAAGCGUCCGAUUCUUCGGAAAGGUCAUAUUGGCUCAUGAAAGCCGAGCCCGAGUCACGUUUCGAGAAUGGCACCGAUGUGAAAUUUUCCAUUGAUGAUUUAGCCUCACGGACUGAGCCCGAGCCUUGGGAUGGCAUCCGCAAUUACGCUGCCCGUAAUAAUCUUCGCGCGAUGAAGAAGGGCGAUAUAGCUUUCUUUUACCACUCCAACUGUAAGGAGCCGGGAAUCGUAGGUACCAUGGAAGUUGUGCAAGAGCAUUCCCCAGAUGUAUCGGCGCAUGACCCCAAGGCACCGUAUUACGAUGCUUCUUCGAAACCUGACGAGCCAAAAUGGAGCGUCGUGCACGUCAAAUUCCACAGUAAGUUCAAGCAGCAAAUCGGACUGAAGGAACUUCGCGAGAUGGGUAAACCGGGACAACCACUUGAGAGCAUGCAGAUGAUCAAGCAGAGCCGGCUGAGUGUGAGUCGUGUGUCUGCGACCGAGUUUGAGUAUUUGAUGGGUAUAAUAAGAGAGCGAGGCGGUGAGAUCAGCUAA